AUGGCAAGCCGCAAGAUGACAUUGGGACAUUGCCUGUUCGUGGAUUCGCUGUCAACGGUUCGAGGCCAGGCCAGGCCUGGCCAUCCUGUGGCCCUGUCACCCUGGGCACUAGCGCUGAUGAACCCCCCGGCGGUGUUUCCCCUGGCGAGCGACAUCCAUUCUCAAAGACCCCGAGAAGACGGAUAUCGGGAACAAGCCAUAGUGGGCGGCGUGGGGCCGACGGCUCCUGGAUCGGCAGAAGUAGGGCGAGAGUGCAGAAACAAGGUGCUGUAG